AUGGCCUGCGAACUCCCUUUCGACUCAAUCAUGGUUGACAUAUCGCAUCACUCGAAGGCAAUCAAUCUGGCCAAGACGAGGGAGUGGGUCGAGUAUUGUCAUUCGAAAGGGAAAGCCACUGAGGCGGAACCAGGGCGGAUAGAGGGAGGCGAGGACGGCAUCUCGGAUACAGCGGAUUUAAGUGGAGAGAUGACAACGCUCGAGGAGGCGCAGAAUUUUGUUGACACGGGUGUUGGAAGUCUGGCGCCGGCAUUCGGAAAUGUUCACGGAGAAUACGGACCGAGAGGUAUCAUUCUGGAGUGGGAUAGGCUUGCUAAUAUUCAUCGAGUCACGUCAAAAGGAGGUGUCGUUCUUGCGCUUCAUGGAUUCAACAAGUUUCCUGACGAUCUUACCCAACAGCUGGUAGCAUCUGGAAUCACCAAGGUCAACAUAAAUCGGGACGUACUGGAGGGAUACUAUGAGCAUAUCGAGAAGAACAUUAACAGAAUCCCCUUCACCGAUCUCCUUGAACAGGGUACUGAAAUAGUCGCGCAGAGGACUAGUUACUACAUGGACGUGGUAGCGUCAACUGGUAAAGCAUGA